UUAAAAGGAUUUUGAAAUGAAUAAAUGAAAGAAAAAUCUCUAGAAAACACAUCUACGAAGAAGAUAUCACCUUCAAUUAAGAGUGCAAUUAGUGGCGGUAUUUCAGGAUUUACAACUCGAUUUAUUAUAUCACCUUUUGAUGUCAUUAAAAUACGGAUGCAGCUUCAAAUAUUACCAGUAUUUCCAUUAAAAGAACAUAAUUCUACAAAUUAUCCAUUCCAAAGGAUUAUUAGAUUAGUUAAACAAAUUAUUCAUCAAGAAGGAAUACUUGCAUUAUGGAAAGGAAACUGUUUUUCUCAGAUUUUAUAUAUGUCUUAUGGUUCAUGUCAAUUUUUUACUUAUGCAAAAUGUAAAUUUUUUUUGGAUAGAAUUUUUCCAGAAAAAACAUAUAAUUCUGGCAAAACAUUUGUAUCAGGAGCUAUUGCAGGAGCAGUGGCAACAACGGCAUCUUAUCCAUUUGACCUUUUAAGAACACGAUUUGCAGCACAAGGAGUUUCAAAAGUGUAUUUAUCUAUUCCCCAUUCAAUUAAAUCAGUGUACAUUUCAGAAGGCAUUAAAGGAUUUUAUCGUGGUAUUAAUGCAUCAAUUUUACAAAUAGUACCUUAUAUGGGAACUGUAUUUGGAUUAUACGAAAGUUCAAAAACGUAUCUAUCAAAUAUUGGUUAUUCAUCAUCAUGGACGGAUGCUCUUGCAGGACUCGUAUCAGGAACAGUUGGAAAAACAAUUGUUUUUCCAUUAGAUCUAAUUAGAAAACGCUUACAGGUUCAAGGCCCAACAAGAAAAAAAUAUUUUUAUAAAGAUAUUCCUGUUUAUAACAAAGUCAUAAAGACAGGAAUUAUUAUCUUUAAAUCUGAAGGAUUCUUAGGUCUUUACAAAGGGUGGUGGAUAUCUGUUUUGAGAGCAGCACCUUCUACAGCAAUUACAUUAUGGGUCUAUCAAAGAUCUCUUAAUUUUAUUAAUAAGUUAGAAGAACAAAGAUAAUUUAUACAAUAAUAUACAGAAAUCACAUAUGUCUAACAUAAAAACAUAAUAUUACAUACUAUUAAUAAUACUUAUCAAAUUUAAACAAUAACAAGUAAAA